GUUUCACUUGGCACGAACGAUCAGUUAAUAAACGUAAUAUGUAGUCAGCAACUGGCAAAAAGAUAACAGCGCGGUAAAAACUUCUCCAAGUAUCUGUUCAACAAUGGACGCUAACAAUAAGAUGAUGAUUCUUAAAGAUUUUAAAAUCUGCCACUUCUGAAAGAUGAAGGCAAGGCCGCGUUGCUUUUGGUCCUUUGACGGUGAUCAGUUGGCUAAAUUACUGGUGCAUAUCACGUUGAAAUCCCAGAAAGCGUUUGUAACUAAUAUUAGAAGAGAGCAACGAGUGACGGUGGGCGCGCUCCGAGAGUAUGGCAGGCCCGUGCCUCACCACACACGAAGCUUGGACGGCUACAUCGCAGACCACCCAACGAGCGUUGGCGACCACGGCACAAGGGGCGAUCCAAACAGAUUCAUCGUCGGCCGCCACCGCGCCGCCCCUCAAGGAAACGAUAGUGACAUUGUAAUCAGCGCGCAGAUUAUUGAAUGGAAGGGUCUUCCGGGCAAUCAGCAGUGGCCUGUCGCAAAUGUGUGUGAAAUACGAUGCACCCACACCACGGCCUUAAACUUUUUAUCAUCGCGGUUGGAUUCAACAUCAUUUUUCUUACAAUAUUCCUAAUUAUUUCUCCUGCUGAUGAUAACUACUAUAUUAUUUUAGUCCAGUCAUUAAUUCACAACUUAAUUUAAUUAUAUCGAAUAGGCACAGGCAAUGUGUUAAUCUUCUCAGUGUUGAUUUCAACGAUAUUUUGUUUCCGAAUGUAGGAUAGAUGUAGAUGUUUUGAUUUUGUUUUUAAACUUGACCGCCCUUCGGCGUCUUUGAACAUUGUAGACGAAUUUUCUCUGAUAUUUUUUUAAUAAAUAAAAUUUAUAUAAUGUUAAAAAUAAACACCCUUAAAAUAAUAGGUAAUUUCUUUUUUUUAAAUAUUUAAUUUCGCCUGAGUCGUUUUUUGCUAUCCAUU